GUAGUCGCAGUCAGGUGUGUUUCUUCCAGAUGUUACCGUACAUGAUGAAACUUUAUUUUUCUUCUUUCAUUUCGUUUGUUUUUUGCUUGUUUUUAUAUAUAGCCUAUAUAAAAUAAUCACAAAACCACGUUAGAUUUUUACAACGCAACUGAAUAUAAUGACUGCCAUAAGUAGGGGAAAAAAAAAAAAAAAAAUGGUUACAAUAAAUCAAGAGUACCUAGUUGCAGAUACAAAAUGGCGGACUUCCGCAAUAAAUAGAAAUAAACAUAAUAAAGUAAAAAAUAAAUAAAUGACAGCACAUGAAAUUUUGGUAAAGGUGUGGAAAAGAGGAUUAAUUUAAAUACAUUUCUAUGGAAUCUCAUAGUUUUGAUUAAUUUUUAAUACCGGUAGGUCAUUGUAAUUUAAUGUAAUUUAAGUCUUUUCCGGUUCAGGCGGAAAUGCCAAUCAGGUCACAGAAUCUAACGGGUCACGGAAUACAGUGGAACACCUGAACCACGACGCGGGCUUCUCACGAACAAACAUGGCGGACAAAAAGAGCUAGCGGGAGACCUUCAACGAUCCUCCGACUGUGGAGUCCGAAGUGUGGCCGCGUUUCUCCUUUUACAGAAGCUGAACGAGUUAAUGAAACAUCUGCGCGCUUUAACUUUGUAAAACUGUACUGAUGAUAUGAAGGAACGCGAGUAUUUAACAACAACAACAACAACAACAACCUGUGGAGGAAACGGCAUCAACUGACAGAAACGUCACCUGCUGCGGCUAGUUCCGCUAACGAUGCUAACGAUGCUAACCUACCUGUUGACCAGACACCUCAACCAUCUGCUGCAAAAUUAAUUUCCAGUUUCCACUUCCAGUCCACGUUUCGUCCGUCAGUCGUGAAUCCGAUCAGCACUGGGACCCAGAGCAGAGCAGCUGUCGGAGUCCUGUGCAGUAAAUAUAGCAGCAGAGGCGUGUGGGGGGAAAAGGAGCAGUUGGGGGGGUCAUGAGGAGACCUGAACAGACCGGAUCAAACUGACCGCUCCGUCUGCAGGACCAAACGGGAAAGGCUUUCCUCUAAAAACCCAGAGAGAGAGUUUGUCUGAAGAGGGCUGAAGAUCAGCUGACAGCCGAAUGUGGCAGAUACCUGUGAACGUCCGUGUCUGAAUAAGGAAGCCUGUGAGGGUCAGUUCUCCAGGAUGCUGCAGCUGUGUAAAGUCACCAAGGCCCUGUUCAUCAGUAACGCCCGUUCAGCCUGCAGCGACGAGCUCAUCCAGCAGGAGGCGGUGACGCUCUGCAUCAACGUGUCCAAGCAGCAGCCGUUUCCCUCCGCCGACGUCAAGAAGUUGCAGAUCCCCGUCUACGACGACCCCGGCGAGGACCUGUACAGCCACUUCGACCGCUGCGCCGACGCCAUCCAGAAGGAGGCGAACCGCGGAGGACGCAGCGUCGUCUACUGCAAGAACGGACGCAGCCGCUCCGCCACCGUCUGCAUCGCCUACCUGAUGAAACACCGCAAACUGGCGCUGCCGGACGCAGUACAGAAGGUGAAGACGGCUCGUCACGUGAUCGAUCCGAACUCCGGCUUCCUGUCUCAGCUGCAGAGAUACGAACAGGAGCUGAAGAAGAGACGAGGAGAGACGGCUGGACGUCUGUCUGAUCGUCCUCAGACAAAAACCUGAAGGUCUCGAUGUGAAAACAGCCAGCAGGUGAACGACUUCCUCUCCGUCCUCCUUCACACUCUCUUAGUUAUCUUUUCUGUCAGCUUCUAAUGUUGAUGUGAACAGGAAAACCCCAACGGACGUGAAGCUCCGAGUACUUAAAUUCUCUUAUUUUAAUGGGGAGAGUUUGAAGAUAAGAAUAUUUAACAUUGCGUCCAAAAUGACACAUUAUAUAAUAGAUCCUUUAUUGAUCCUGAAGGGGAGUUUCAGUGUUGCAGCAGCUACUUCACAUAAACGAGUACAAUUAAAAGGCCAAAUUAUGUCAAAUAAAUAUCAGUAUAAAAAGAAAACUGAGAAUAGAGACUAUAACGUUAGCUCUAAUGUGUGCUGAGUAAGUGCAAGACAGUAAUAUAAAUAACUUUAUUUGUAAGUGCUUAAACAAAAAAAAAGUCAGUGUACAUAAAUAAAAAGCAGAUAAAAUAGUAUAAAGUGAGUUAGUUUAAAAAUGUGUGUGUGUAUGUGAUAUUUAGAAAAAAAUAAUAUAAACGGUAGUUUAUUCUACAGUUUAGGUGCCAUGACAGUAAAUGCAACAUGUAGACUUAAGAACUGUGACAAGAGCUUUUUCUCUUUUUCCGUAAGUGCUCAGUAGGUCAGAAAUACAACUAUUUAACACCUUAUACUCUCCGCACACGUAAUAUUUAUUGCAAUCUGUUGAAUUAAAAUCCAGAAUCUGAAUUCACUCAUCAACAUUAACGAGUAACUAAAGGCUAAAAUAACUCAAACUCGGAUGUUUGAUCAGCUUCUGUUGGCGGAGAACAAAGAAACAUUCAGACGUGCAUCGCAUUCACUCAAGAAAAACAACUGGAGGCCUUACGUCAUAAUUAUGACUUUACUAUAUCACAAUUAAGUUUUCUCGCAAUUGUCCUGAUGUCAUAAUUAUGAAAAAAGGUUAACGUGGUAAUCGAUCAUCAAGGCUGUACCUGGUUUUAAUUAGCUGACGAUGCAGCGCUUUAAGUACGUGAGGUAACGAAGCAGUGGCGUCCGUGGUCGGAGUUUCUGUGUCGGACACUUGACGAUACAAUGAGCUGGGCAGUUAGCAUACGUUAGCAUUAGCAGGUCUCUGAAGCCGUUGGGAUUGUUCGGGCGGAAAUUCAAGUCAUACGACAGAAAUGCAUCCAAACUAUCAAAAUGUGGGGCCCUAAACAAACACUAUGGUAACAGCUGUCAAAAUAAAGUUGGGGAAAAAAACAUUUUUAAUCAGGUCACAGAACACACCUGAUAUCUGAGGUACAGAAGUCAUAAUUACGAGAUGAGGUGUUUUUCUUUGGUGCGUGCACUUCUGUAGAAACGCGACAGCAGCUUGAGUAAUGUUACGACCUGAAAACGAUUUGAGCAGCAGAAGAUAUGAAAUGUUGUUGUUUUUUUUAAAUGUACCUGAAGCAGCUGCGGCCUCCUGAACUUCACCUGCUGCUACUCCCAAAUACUGAAGCUGAAUCAAAAUUUAGCUGCGAGAACGUUAAACUGGCGUGAGGUGAUCAGCUGUAAAACUGAAACACGAGUGAUGUGUCUUUACUCACAAACAAUCUUUGUCUGAAUACAGACGGCAGCUGCAGAGAGCACACUAACUUUCCAUUUUACUGAAAGAAUAUCAUCCACAGCUGAUCCAAUCUGCUGCUGCUGCAGUUUAACCAGCGCCAGGCGGCGUAAAAUGAGAAGCUGCUGCCUGAACGUGUUUUGUUCAUCUUUGCAAAUAUAAAGACUGAGGACAGAUACGAGGUUUGAGAAGAGAUUCAUCAGUGUCAGAGCUUAAAUAAUCUGAGUAGGAGUUACUUUUCUGAUGUCUAUCAACUUGUCUUUGUAAAGCCACAGAAUUUAGUUCUUUUCUGGACUAAAAACCUUCAGUCUGUGUUUCAGUGGCAUGCACUGUGCUGCAUCUCUGUUUAAAACAUUGUGAUUGCAGUUCGACCUUCUACCUCUAGCUGGAAGCAUUUCUAUAGAAAUUAAUGCAGUAUAUUACUACAUAUAAACACAUAACGAGUCUCUGCAGGCAUGAACUGGAACGAUCUGAACCAUGAACAAAGUCUCGACAAAGAAACUCGGGGGGGGGGGGGGGGAUCCUUUGUGAUCCUUUAAGCCUUCGGUUCACAUUAAAAGACCAGAAAACAUCUGGCUUUAAUCAGUUAUGAGUUCCAGUUCAUGUUUUUUAACGCUUGUACGGUGUCUAGUUUUAGAAGUUAACUUUUGAUUAAUACUCUAACAAGUCGUCAGAUGUCUUAAACUGUCCUGGACUUAAAACAGCCCAGGUUAAAAUAGUAAGAAACACAUUAUUCUUAAGUGUAUGUGUAGUAAUUUAAUGAGCAGCGGGAUAAAAUGUAUUCAAACAGCUUUGGAGACUGAUAUCACGACGAUAUUUAGCUCCUGAUUGUGCAAAGUGAAAGUUUGAAAUGUUCAGUGGUCAAACACGGCGCUUCACACAGUCAGCUGUGAUUUUAAAGCUGCUGAUGGUUAAUUAUUCAGUGUUUUCUAUUGAUGCUGUGAAAAACGAUGAUUCGGUUUGGAACAGAUAUUGUGACUGGAUGUUGAUACAAGAACUCGCUGCUUUUGAGGAGUGUUUAGGAAUCUCAGGUGUGUCUUCUUCAUUCUGUGGUGCUGCCAUUUAGAACUGAAUCAGAAGCAAUAAUUGUAACUAGACUGAUGUCACUGUAAACCACGUCACACCUCAAAAUGAGUGUUUCAGUGAGUCUGUGGUGAUGAAACGUACCUGCUGUGUGAACGGCGUGCAGCUCGGUUCCAUCUCUAUUUUAAAAUAAGAGCUAAAAAGAGUUAAAACAAGCACAUGUGAACAUGACGCUGCUGCUGUACUAAUGUCUGUUUUAAUCCUUGAAAAAUGAAAUAAAGUUAUGUGUUCACCA